AUGAAGUUCACCGCAACCGCAACAACCCUCGCAGCCUUCAGCCUCUUGCGCCUGGCCUCCGCGAACUUCGACCUCUACGCCGUGCUCGACACCACCGUUGUCCCGGACGAGAACCCUGAGCCCGCCAUCGACGAAUGGAGGGUUUUCGAAGCCGAACCCGACUGCGACGAUGCCAAAAACGCCGCCAACUGGAACGAUAGCGAUGAUGUGAGCGUCCUCCAGAAGAAUGUCAGCGGCGACAAACAAGGCGUCGUCUUCGAGGGCGACAAAGACCCGCAAGACCCCGGGAAAGCCACGCGCGUGGAGAUGAACUUCCACGACACGGACCCCGUCUACCACUUCACCAUCUACAAGGACCGCAACUAUGACAUGAUUGGGCUCGACGGUAAUACCUACGGCAACUGCAUCCCCUUCCCCGGCGACGACUUCCAGUGCAACUACCCGCUUCCUCUAGGCGUGCAGACCCUGUCCGGGGCCAGGUACUUCCGCUGUCUUACGGAUAUCACGGCGCAGCAGCUCAAUGAGGCGAACAAUAAGAAGAGGGGCGUGAAGGUUGCGGUCAAGUUUUGA